CCACCACCACACAACUUACCACCACUCCCACUUUAAAUCACAAUGUCUGGCCGCGGAAAAGGUGGAAAGGGACUGGGAAAGGGCGGAGCUAAGCGCCACCGUAAGAUUCUUCGCGAUAACAUCCAGGGUAUCACAAAGCCCGCUAUUCGUCGUCUCGCUCGUCGUGGAGGUGUGAAGCGUAUUUCGGGUCUUAUCUAUGAGGAGACUCGUGGUGUCCUGAAGAUCUUCCUUGAAAACGUCAUUCGUGAUUCAGUAACAUACACAGAACACGCGAAGCGAAAGACAGUGACAGCACUCGACGUCGUGUACGCACUGAAACGUUCAGGGCGCACGCUAUAUGGUUUCGGUGCAUAAGCUUGUUCACAUUGGAUCCUUGUUGUAUAUCUAUUUGCUGUAUUGUAUUUUAUAAUUCAUCUCCUUUCGUGGUGU